GGCCAUGGACCGCAUCGUUUUCCAAGCAAUAAACGGACCGCUUGAGAGAGAGAGAGAGAGAAGAGAGAGAGAGAGAGAAGAGAGAAGAGAGAGAGAGAAAGAGAGAGAGAGAGAGGGAGAGAGAGAGAGCGAGAGAGAGAGGGAGAGGGGAAGAGAGAGAGAGGAGAGAGAGAGAGAGAGAGAGAAGAGAAGAGAGCAGAUAGAGGGAGGAGAGAGGAGAGAGAGAGAGAGAGAGAGAGAGCCUGAACCCUGAAGGGGGAAGUACGGGGCCAUU